AUGUGGAGGAACAAGUGUCGCCUCUGCGGGUCAGAUGCUCCUGGCAAAGUCCUUCGCGGGCUUCGCCGCCCCGGAGCAGAUGUCCCAUGGGAUGACGCCAGGCUGGGCGCAUGGGCCAACGGGCCCCCGCGGCUCGGCCAGCAAACCGGAGCCAGUGGAACCAAGCCCCCCCGCGCGCAGACCAACGAGCUUGUGCUCGAGGCGCUGCGCGAGGUGGCUCAAGCCACGGGCAAGGAUAUGGGAGAAGCUAUCAAGUACGUGGAGGAGAAGGGGUCCAAGCCAGCAGGGCCUCCCCCUCCCGUCGACCUGCGCACCAAGUCGCUCCAAGACCUCCUCGGUCGGCGCGCAAAGAAGUGCAAGCAGGUGGACGCUGCCGAGCUUCGUGUCAAAAAGGCUGAGGCCAAGGUGGCCGAGGCCGUGGCAGCGGCCAAGGCGGAACGUGACAAGCUGGACGAGCAUAAGGUCAACUUGCUCAAGCUGGAUGACGCCAUUCGCGAGGCCCAGGCCAAGGCCGUGCUUCCUGAGCUGCCCGAGCAGGUGGCCGAGACCGACCCCAAGGCUGCCCUCGCGGGGCUGGAGGCCUUCCACAAGCUGCUGGAGCGCGGAGCCCAGCAGUUCAAUCUCGACCUCUCUCCGUCCAUCGGGCUUGUCACGGGUGAGAUGGCGGCCGCGCGGACAGCGAUCGACAAGGCAGCAGGCGCAGGCGACGUCGAGAUGGAGAUGGAGCUCCGCGCCGACAACCCUGCCGUCGCCCAGCACUUGCAGGACGCAGGCAUCUCCCUGGACGACAAGGACGCUGUCAAGCGGCUCCUCGAUGGACUCUCCAGCGCGGCGGUCAAGCGCGCCAAGACGGGGCUUUGGUUCGCGCCGCAGCUAGGUGGCCGGAAGGCUGCUGCCGAGGCGUCGGGGCCGCCGUCCCCUGGGGGCUUGCCGGCCGCCCCCGCGAGGAGUGGCGGGCGCGCUGCAGCCGAGGGCUUCUGCGACGACAGGCUGGACCUGGACGUGUGGAGUGCGAAUGUCUCGACGUGGAGCUCGGGGCAAGGGCUGCUGGAGUGGGCUCGGCAUGACCGACUCGUGGACGGCAGCUUGGCUGCGCUGCCUCUGUUGGUGUGCUUGCAGGAGCAUCGCAUCAAGAGUCAGCUGGUGUUGGAGUCUGCCAGCAAGUGGGUGGCCAAACGUGGCUUUUGGCACUCGUGGGGGCUGGCGCAGUCUACUGGAGAGGGCUCGCUCCACUCCAGUGGCGGCGUGUCGGUCCUCAGCCGACUCCCUGCGGCAGUUCAUGAUGCCCGAGGCGCGGCUUUGCCAGGGCAUCGAGUCGCUUCACUGCUGGUCAACGUUGGCUUGGGCGUUCCGCUGUAUGUGAUUUCGCUUUACCUCGUGACCAGCAUCGGCUUCGCGGGCGAGAACCUGGACAUGAUGGCCAACCUGCUUGCGAACGUGGGCAGCCUCGACGGCCCUUGGCUGCUGCUGGGGGACUGGAACAUGCUCGGCUCCGACGUGCUCGUCUGGUCCCGGAAGGCGCGGGGGGUCCUUCUGCAGUCGCAUGCGCCGACCUGCGGCUCGCGGGAGAUCGACUUCGGAGUCUGCAGUGAGCUCUUGGCGCCGUUCGUCGCCGAGGUGUCGCAGUUCGAGGCGGCGCCUGUCCAGACGCACUCUGUACUUCGUGUGCGCUUGCAGGGCCUCGGACGUGCUGCCCGCAUUUGCAGGCCCCAGCUCCCGCUGAAGUUUCCGAUCGAAAAGCCCCCGCCCGUGAGGCCGGCGCCCCCUGAAGCGCCGGCUUCCGAGUGGCCGUGGACGAUGGGCGUGGCGCUCCCGGUAGACCUCGGCGAGGCGUGUGCUGCGUGGUUCCAGCAUGCGGAAACUUACUUGGCGGAGUUUCACGAUUGA